AUGAAAUGGGUUCUAUUUUAUAUAUAUUUACUCUGUCUACCGGUUUGUUGGGGUGUGCCGGUUCCGGGGAUAUCCUUAUCUGAUAAGGAUCAGAAGCAGGAUCAGGACCAUGGGUUCCAGAUAUCUAGGGGGAUGAAGUUCUGGAGGAGAGUAUAUGGAUAUGAAUAUGGACAGAGGAACAACGGACACCAUGAGUCGAAUACACGCAUACUAGCAGCAACUUCUUCCUCUCGAGAUACGGAUGUUGAUGUUGCUAUGACUAUGGGGCAAAGUCAACAUCCCAUCACGCUCACUCAACCACCGGCUUAUCAAUCAUACCAUGACUCUAAGGACUAUACUUCCUCCGACAACUCUAAUAUCAACAACGAUAUUAACAGCAACAGCAACAACGACUACAACAACAAUAACGACCUUAAUAAUCAUAAUAAUAAUAAUAAUAAUAACAACAACCCCACAACCCACGGAUCUUUCCUCACCACCUCCAAUACAAUUCCAACACAGAUACCACCCUCAACAACAAAACGCUACCUCCGCGUCCUCCACGACACGCAACUCCCCACGACCUUUCUAAAGAACCACAUGCAUGAGAUUGUCGUCGUCGGGUUAUUCCUACUCAUCCCUGUUACUCUGGCACUUGUGGAGAUUAUUGAAAGGAUUGGGUUGGGUGUUGAUGAGGGUAUUGAGCUUGAAGAGUAUCUACAGAUGAAGAGGGGAAGAGGGAUGAUUCGACGGGGGAGAGGGAGGGGGAGGGUUUUCAGGAAGAAGAGAGGGAAGGGCAAGGGGAAGAAGAAGUUGAAGUUUCUGGAGAUGGUGGUGGAUGUGGAUAUUGAUAUAGAAGACCAAGCACUCUACCGAUGA